GUUGGUUGCCUUCAGCAUGUAAGUACACACACGAGUUUUUUUCCUCUUGGCGCGUGCGACUGUAUUUCGUGCACUGCUUCAUGAUCAAAUAUUUGUUCUACACUCUUUGAGCUGUCUCGUGACAGAGGGUCGAACGCGAUGAACUCCGACAACCUGUCCUUAUCCCAAAAGUACGUGAAAGCGUCGUACAUCGCGCAGGCGAGUCAGGCCAUCGCGGCCCAUGAAUCCAAGAUCACUCACUUGCUGGAGCAGGGGCGCUGUCCCGACGACGGCUGGGACGACUCCACCAUCGAGAUUCUUCUCCAGAACCUCUCUCUUAUGGACAGCAACAAUUUCCUGGGCAACUCGGGCGUGGGCGAGCGGGAAGCCCGCAUCGCGUCCCACCUGGUGAGCCGGCGCCACUACCGGCUCGGCCACGGCAUCGGCCGUUCGGGAGACAUCUCCGAGACGCAACCGAAAGCUGCAGGUUCGAGCCUAAUGAACAAGCUGACGAACUCCAUGGUACUCCACGUUCUUCAAACUAUGGGAGUCCCGGCCACGAGGGCCUGCUUCGUCGUCCCCAUGGCGACCGGCAUGAGCCUGACACUGUGCAUGCUCGCGUUCCGUCAGAAGCGACCUUCCGCCCGCUACGUCCUGUGGUCGCGGAUCGACCAGAAGUCGUGCUUCAAGUGCAUUCUCACCGCGGGCUUCGAGCCUGUCGUCAUCGAGGGCCUACUCGUCGGCGACGAGCUUCAAACGGACGUGGCGGCGAUGCGGGCGCGUCUCGAGCAGUUCGGAACCGAGAAGGUCGCCUGCGUCCUCACGACAACGUCCUGCUUCGCGCCGAGGUCUCCCGACAACCUCGAAGAUGUCGCCCGGCUCUGCAAGGACUUCCAGGUGCCGCAUCUGGUGAACAACGCGUACGGGGUGCAGUGCACCAAAUGCAUGCACCUCAUCCAGCAGGCGUCCAGGGUCGGACGCCUCGACGUCUUCGUGCAGAGCACCGACAAGAACUUCAUGGUUCCCGUUGGCGGUGCCGUCAUCGCGGGCUUCGACAAGGAGCUAGUCGAGACAGUGGCGAAGACGUACCCGGGCCGCGGGUCUGCGACCCCUACCAUGGACCUUUUCAUAACCCUCUUGUCCCUCGGAAUGAAGGGCUAUCUCAACCUCCGAAACGAGCGCAGGGAGGUGUUGAAGUACUUGACGGACAAACUAACGGAGGUCGCGGAGAGGCACGGCGAGCGCGUCCUCAGCACGCCCAACAAUCGCAUCUCGGUCGCCAUCAGCGUGACGGGGGAGAAGGUCGGCGACGUGACGGGCGUCGGGGCCAUGCUGUUCACGCGGUUCGUGUCCGGGGCCCGGGUCGUCUCGAACCAGGGAUCCAAAAGGCUGGGGCAGGUGGACUUCGAGGGAUGGGGCUCGCACUGCGGGGCUUACCCGACGUCGUACCUCACCGCCGCGUCCGCGCUGGGCGUCAGCAAGAGCGAUGUGGACGUGUUUGUGCAGCGACUGGACAAAGUUUUUGCUAAGGAAAGGCUAGCAGCUCAGAAGACAGCCAAAAUGAGGCUACUGCGCAAAAAGUUCUACAAGUUUGUACGAGGCAUCUUCCCGUCGCUCCAGUAUGCAGACCACCACAAGGCCCGGAGGCGGCUCAGCCUGAUUUACCUGUUCGCCACCUGGCAGCUGUUUGGCGCAACCAUCUACUACAUUUAUCAACGCAACAUACCUCAGGACAACAGUGAACUCACCCCAGCGGAGCGCUACGUUACGGCGGGUGUCAGAGGAGACAAGGCACGAAUCAUCUCCCUAUCUCCUCGAGGCAUAGUGCAGGACCGGAUAAUCUCGGAGGAAGAGAUGAAAGAAUUGAAAAUGAAAAAGCAAAGCGAAGCUGCUCAGAGUGCCUGAACUUACCUAGAAAGGCCUUCGGCACUCCCCUGUAUAGUAGAAGAAUGAUGUGCGACAACAUGCUCAAGAGAAUAAAUCCCAGCCGCCAACAUUCUGGAAGUUC